CAUGAGGGUUUUCGGGCUGCUCGCUGUCUCCGGCGCGGCGCUGCUGCUGGCCGCGGCCGGCACGGCAAGCGGCAGCGUGGCGUCGAUCCUCACGCGGGACACGUUCUACUCCAUGCUGAGGCAAGGCCACCACGGCGGCGGCGACGGCGGGUGCGACGGGGGCGCCUUCUACACCUACAACGCGUUCGUGGAGGCCGCGAGCACGUUCCGCGGCUUCGGCACCACCGGCGACCAGGCCACCCGCCGCCGGAAGCUCGCCGCCUUCUUCGCGCAGACUUCCCACGAGACAACCGGUUACUGCUGGGUGAAACAACGGAGCCCGGCCGGCGAUCAGUACUACGGGCGAGGUCCCAUGCAACUCAUUCAGUAAGGGCGUGUUUGGUUUAAGUUUUGAACAGUAGUCGCAUUGCAUACACUUCUCAAUUUAGUAUGGUUGAGAAAAAAUAGGCCCUAAUACGCCAUAUGCGACUUGUUUGGUUGCCUGUAUCCAGUGUCCCUGCAUUAGUUAAUACGCAAGUAUAUUUUGUUUGGUUGGCUGCAUCGGCCUAGCGGCACAUGUGUUAAACAGAAUAU